GGUGAGAUCAAACAAAUAAUUAAUAUGAAGUCAACCUAACAGAAUGCAGAAAAUCUUUGGACCUCAACCGAUUUUGCUUCUUUUUUUUUUUUCCAGUUUUAUUGUUUAUAUGCCUUUCUUCUUAAUUUUUCAGUCCUUUAAAGGGAUUUCCUUUUCAUAUGAUACUAUUUAUUCUGUAAUCACUCUUUUUAAAAAUAGGAAGACAAAAUCUCAAAAAUUCCCUGCUAUUACGUCAAGUAACUGACCUUGUAAGAUUGAUCCAAAAAUGUAAGAUUAUUUCUAGUAUUUGUUUUAUUCUAUAUAUCAAGUAAUGGCUCAUUCAAUGCUUAUAUUGUCUUUCCUUACCAAUAUUAUUUGGCCAAGAUUUGGACGAAUGAAUUUUUUUAUUACACUGGGAUUGCGAAGGUUGCCUAUAGAAGUGUAACAACUUGUCUGCUUUGUUUCACUUAGUAAUUUUGUUAUCAAACUUGCGCAAUUGAACAUGUGACCCAAAUUCCAUUGAAAACAAGUUGGGAAUUUAUUUGUAAGAAAGGAGAUAAAUCAAUAGUUCGAUGAAAGUGUUUUACAAAGAGAGUGGGUGGAAGACGUACUACAAAACUAUGCAAAAGCAGAGACAGAGCAAGAGGUAGGACAAGAAGCCCACAUCUCUUCACCUUGCCAAGCCUUUUGUUUUCUAAUAUGCAAUUAUCUCUCUCUCUUUCUUGGUGAUCUGUAUGGAGGGUUCUUUAAAUUGUCAUUAGUUUUUGUUUAUUUCCAUGUUGUUUCGAAUAGUUGUAUUUUAGAUUUCUGCGGCUGAAGUGUUUCUAUGCUAUUAUAUUAUUCCCAUUUAUCAUUAGAAGUUGUACUUAUUUGUCUUGCAGCUUCAUCACUUUCAACAAGUCAAUCAGAAGCUAGUUAUGAGAUAGAGGAUAAGCCAGAAAAAUAAAUGGAGUACCCAUCAAGAUGCACAUGCUCAUAGACAAAGAAAUGUCCAAACAAAAAGACCCCAAGCACAACCUACCAAAUGUAGUUGCAAAACUAAUGGGGCUUGAAACCCUUCCAAGGAGAGAGCCUAAUCUAUCUGUGGAGAGAAGCCAUAGAAAAGAUUAUUCUCAACAUAUGUAUGGUCCUAUAGGGUUACCAUUCCAUCAUGGGCAGCUUGAAGAUAGGUGUAUGGAUAAGGAAAUUCUUCAUGAAGUUCAUCCAAGCACAGAACAAGUUGCUUACAAUGAUAUCUAUGAACAGUGGCAGCAAUCUCCAACAAACCAUUUAAGAGGCAAGUUACCAGAUAGAAGAAGGUGGAGUGCAGAUGUUGAUGGGGAAAAAAUGGCUUUCAUUCGUCAGAAAUUCAUGGAAGCAAAGCAUUUGUCUACAGAUGAGAGAUUGCGCCACUCCAAACAAUUUGAAGAUGCCUUGGAAGUUUUAAGCUCCAAUACUGAUCUCUUAAUCAGGUUAUUGGAUUCUCAAAAUCUUUAUGAAGUUUACUCUACUCCACCAGCUGAGACAAGGCACAUUACUCUGAUUAAACCUUCCAAGAUGGUUGACAAUGACAAAUCUGCUAGAAAGGAGAAGAAGAAGAAGAAGAAGAAGAAGAAGAAGAAGAAGAAUAGACUGAUUAAAAAUCCAGAAAAUGUUAAUCAAACAGCUGUAUUGAAGAACAAGAAUCCUAUGAACUCUCCAGAAAGUCAGAAAGUUGAUGAGUUUCCAGUUCAAACUACUCGAAUAGUGUUACUGAAGCCUAGCCCUGGGAGGACACAUGAGCAAAAGGCUGUGAUUUCUCCAAUAAAUUCAUCACCACUAAAUCUGAAAAGUGGAAAUUUCUAUCAGGGACCUGAAUAUGAUGAUGCACUAGAAUCCGCAAAAGUGGCAAAAGAGGUCACACAGCCAAAGCAUGAAGGCCUGAGGAGCUACCAAAAGGAUAAAACUUCAUAUUCUUCAGUGUUUUCCAAUGGCUAUUCUGAUGAUGAGAGUUCAUUUAACAAAUCAUAUCAUGAGUAUACAUUUGGGAAUUUUGGUGAUUUGCAAGCUAUGUCACCAUUGCCGAGGCUUUCAUGGGAUUACACCAAUGGCUGUGGUAGUCCUUAUUCUACAAUGUCGUUGGGUCGUGCAUCGUGCUCUCCUGAGUCAUCAGUGUGCAGAGAGGCAAAGAAAAGGCUUUCUGAAAGAUGGACCAUGAUGACAUCAGAUAAUAAGGGUCAUCAAGAACAAAGGCAUAUAAGGAGAAACUCUACCUUGGGUGAGAUGCUUUCUCUUUCCCAUAUAAAGAAAUCUGUAACAUCUGCAUUUGAGAGUACUAAUGAAGACCACGAACCUGGCAAAUCUGUUUCUUGCACUCAUUCUUUCAAUGAACAAAUAAGAAUUGAUGGUUCUCCUAAGAAUCUUCCCAGGUCAAAUUCUGUGCCUGCAUCUUCUACUGUCUAUGAAAAUGAUCAGGAUGCUGGCAAAGCACAUGGCUCAAAGGUUCAUACAAAGUCAAAGAGUUUGAAAUCAUCAUUUAAAGGGAAAGUUGCCAGUUUCUUGUUCUCAAGGAGUAAGAAAUCAACCAAGGAAAAAUCUAGUCCAUCUCAAUCUAAAGAUGAAUCCCAAUCUACUGUCACUGAAACAUCAGUUCUUGAAGCACAUUCACAUGGAAUCCUUAGGGAUGAUAUGUCUCAAAGCUUCAGUGUUGAUGGUUUUGAAGAGUGUUCUCUUGCAGCACUAUAUGAAUCAUCAGGGAAAACUAUAACAGAUUCAGUCUCCAACAGACAAGAGCAAGGCAUAAUUACACUUGAGCCUGAAUUGACUAUGCCAAAGCCAAUGGUGCCAGAGAUUUCAAGCGAAAAUCAGCCUAGUCCAAUCUCAGUAUUACAACCUCCAUUUGAAGAUUAUAAUAAUGCUUCUCAUGAGUCCUUGGACUCUAUGAAGGGUGGACACCUGGGAUCACCGCUGCCUCUGAAGUCCAAUUUAAUUGACAAAUCACCACCUAUAGAAUCAAUAUCAAGGACCCUUUCAUGGGAUGAUUCUUGUGCAGAAUUAGCAAGCCCGUAUCCAUUAAAACCCCCGAUGGUUUCUUCCUUAGACUCAAAGGUAGAGGAACAAGAGUGGCUUCUCUUGGUCCACAAACUACUAUCAGCAAGUGGACUUGAUGAUCAACAACAAUAUGACUCGUUUCAUACAACGUGGUAUUCUCUUGAAAGACCAUUAGACCCAUCAUUGAGGGACACUUAUGCCAAUUUAAAUGACAAGGAGCCUCAACCUUUGCAUGAGGGCAGAAGAAGGAAGAUGAGAUCAAAUCAGAAGCUUGUGUUUGACUGUGUGAAUGCUGCACUAUUGGAAAUUAUUGGUUAUGGAUCAGAGAGUAGCUUUAAGAGGAGGAUGUACAGUGGGAGCCACAGAGUCCAAAAGGGUGUAUCACCCUUAUUGGUGGACCACAUUGUGGCCCAAAUGAAGAAAUUAAUAGCAAGUGGGAUGAGAUGUGAAUGGGAGGAUGGUGGGGGCAGUAACAGCCUGGUGGUAGAAAAUGUUGUCAGAGAAGAGGUUGUCCAAAUAGGGUGGCUUGAGCUUAUAGAAUUGGAGAUUGAUAUUUUGGGAAAGGAAAUAGAGGGAGAGUUGAUACAAGAGCUUGUGGAGAAUGCUGUGAUUGAUUUUACAGGCAGGGCCUGAAUCCCUCUUGAGAAUUACUGCUUUUGAUUUUAAAUUAAAUAAAUAUUGUAACUCUAUUGUUUGUUGCAUUUGAUCAUCCACAUGGUCCUCCUACUCACCUAAUUUAUUAAAUGCUACU